GCUGGUCCCCCGCUGCCCCAGCCUAGCCGGGCGCGGAGUUGGGCGCAUGGCGCCGGGCGCACUGCGCGGGGGCUGCGAACAAAGGGCCCCCUACCCGGGCGCGGCAGCCCCGCGGAGCCGGAAAAUGUGGGUCGCCCUGCUCUGGCCGCUGCUCCGGCUCCUGCUGCUGCUGCUGUCGCCGCGGGACGGCGUGCGCGCUGCGCAGCCCCAGGCCCCGGGCUAUUUGAUCGCUGCACCCUCCGUCUUCCGCUCAGGAGUGGAGGAAGUCAUCAGUGUGACCAUCUUUAACUCCCCGAGGGAAGUCAUGGUCCAGGCUCAGCUGGUGGCCCAGGGCGAGGCGGUGGCGCAGAGCCAGGGAGCCAUCCUGGAUAAAGGGACGAUCAAACUCAAGGUGCCCACGGGCCUCUGGGGCCAGGCCCUCCUGAAGGUGUGGGGCCAUGGUUGGUGGGCAGAGGAGGGCCCCUUCUUCCACAACCAGACUUCAGUGACUGUGGACAGCCGGGGAGCCUCCGUGUUCAUCCAGACCGACAAGCCGGUGUACAGGCCCCAACACCGAGUGCUCAUCAGCAUCUUCACUGUCACUCCAGACCUGAGGCCCGUCAGCGAGAAGCUGGAAGCUUAUGUCCUGGACCCCCGGGGCUCACGGAUGAUGGAGUGGAGACACUUGCAGCCCUUAUGCUGCGGCAUCACCAACAUGACCUUCCCCUUGUCUGACCAGCCGGUACUGGGAGAAUGGUUCGUUUUUGUCGAAAUGCAAGGCCACGUGUACAACAAGUCCUUUGAAGUUCAGAAGUAUGUGUUGCCGAAGUUUGAGCUCCUUAUUGACCCGCCCCGAUAUAUCCAGGACCUGGACACUUGUGAGACCGGCACUGUGCGGGCCAGGUAUACCUUUGGGAAACCUGUCUCCGGGACUUUAACCAUCAACAUGACUGUAAAUGGCGUGGGGUACUACAGCCAGGAGGUGGGGCGCCCCAUCCUUAGGACCACCAAGAUCCACGGCUCCCAGGACUUCAACAUCUGCGUGAAGGACAUGAUCCUGGCCGAUGUCCCUGAGCACUUCCGGGGCACCGUCAGCAUCUGGGCCAUGGUGACCAGCAUGGACGGGAGCCAACAGGUGGCUUUUGAUGACUCCACCCCCGUCCAGAGACAGCUGGUGGAUGUCCGGUACUCCAAGGACACCAGGAAGCAGUUUAAGCCGGGUCUGUCCUAUGUGGGGAAGGUGGAGCUGUCCUACCCAGACGGCAGCCCGGCUGAGGGGGUGACGGUCCAGAUCAGGGCAGAGCUGACGCCGAAGGACAACAUAUACACCACCGAGUCUGUGUCCCGGGGUGGGCUGGUAGGGUUCGAAAUCCCCUCCAUCCCUGUGUCAGCCCAGCACGUGUGGCUGGAGACCAAGGUGACAGCCCUCGGUGGAAAGCUCGUGGGGACCCAGUACCUGCCCAGCUACCUCUCCCUCAGCAGCUGGUACUCCCCAAGCCAGUGCUACCUGCAGCUGCAGCCGCCCUCCCUCCCCCUGCAGGUCGGGGAGGAUGCCCAUUUCCCAGUGAAGUCCACGUGCCCCUGCAAUUUCACUCUGUACUAUGAGGUGGCUGCGAGGGGCAACAUUGUGCUCUCGGGCCAGCAGCCUGCCCACAUCACCCAGCAGAGAAGCAAACGGGCAGCCCCGGAGAAGCCCAUCCGCUUAACGCACCUUUCCGAGACAGAGCCCUCUCCAGCCCCAGCAGCAGAGGUCAAUGUGUGCGUGACCUCUCUCCGGCUGACCGUGACCCCCAGCAUGGUCCCCCUCGGCCGCCUGCUGGCCUUCUACGUCAGGGAGAAUGGAGAAGGAGUGGCUGACAGCCUCCAGUUUGCUGUUGAGACCUUCUUUGAAAACCAGGUUUCACUGACAUAUUCAGCAAAUGAGACCCAACCCGGGGAAGUCGUCGAUCUGCGGGUCAGGGCUGCAAGGGGCAGUUGCGUGUGUGUAGCUGCGGUUGACAAGAGCAUCUACUUGCUCAGGUCUGGGUUUCGGCUGACUCCCACCCAGGUUUUCCGGGAAUUGGAAGAUUACGAUGUUUCUGAUGCUUUUGGGGUGUCCAGGGAGGAUGGACCCUUCUGGUGGGCUGGGCUGAUGGCCCGACGACGCCGGCGCUCCUCCAUCUUCCUGUGGCCCUGGGGUGUCACCAAGGACUCCGGGUUUGCCUUUGCCGAAACAGGACUGGUGGUGAUGACAGACCUGGUGAGCCUGAACCACCGGCAAGACGGCGGCCUGUACACUGAUGAGGCUGUCCCUGCCUUCCAGCCCCACACAGGGAGCCUGAUGGCAGCAGUGUCCUCCAGACAACCCCCCAGAGCAGAGAAGAAGAAAAGGACCUACUUCCCUGAAACAUGGAUUUGGCACUGUCUCAACAUCAGUGAUCCAUCAGGCGAGGACACACUCAGCGUGCAGGUCCCCGACUCCAUCACCAGCUGGGUGGGUGAGGCAGUGGGUCUGUCUGCCGAGAGGGGCCUGGGCAUUGCGGAGCCCACUCUGCUGAAGACCUUCAAGCCCUUCUUUGUCGACUUCACCCUGCCCCCCAACGUGGUCCGCGGGGAGCAGGCCAAAAUCCCGCUCAGCAUCUACAACUACAUGGACACCUGCGUCGAGGUCUACGUGAAGAUCUCAGUUCCCAAGGGCAUCCAAUUUGUCGGACAUCCUGGCAAACGCCAUCUGACCAAGAAGACGUGUGUGGUCCCCGGGGAGAUGGAACCCUCCUGGGUGGUUCUGUCCUUUGGCGACCUGGGUCUCAGCAACAUCACAGCCAAAGCCCUGGCUUACAGAGAAACGAGCUGCUGCCGGGAUGGGAAGUCGAUCAGAACCCCGGAGGAGAAUUACGCUGACAGGAGGGUCCCCAUUGGGAGGGAUCACAUCCGGCGCGGUGUGAUGGUUGAGCCUGAAGGAGCCCCCCGGUCAUACACCUACAGCGCUUUCUUCUGUCCCAAUGAGAGAGUCCACAUCUCCACACCCAACAAGUACGAGUUCCAGUAUGUGCAGCGGCCGCUGCGCCUCACCCAUUUUGAUGUGGCCGUGCGAGCCCACAACGAUGCCCGCGUGGCCUUGUCCCCAGGACCCCAGGACACGGCAGGCAUGAUCGAGAUCGUUCUGGGAGGGCACCAGAACACCAGGUCCUGGAUCUCCACCAGCAAGAUGGGCGAGCCCGUGGCCAGCACACACACAGCCAAGAUCCUCUCCUGGGAUGAAUUCAGAACAUUCUGGAUCAGCUGGCACAGCGGGCUCAUCCAGGUGGGCCAUGGUCCAGAGCCAACCAAUGACUCUGUCAUCAUGGCCUGGACCCUCCCCAAGACACCAGAGGUCCAGUUCAUCGGUUUCUCCACUGGCUGGGGUUCUGUGGGCGAGUUCCGCAUCUGGAGGAAGGUGGAAGUAGAUGAGAGCUACAGCGAAGCCUUCACUCUGGGGGUCCCGCACAGCGCCAUCCCUGGGUCUGAGCGUGCAGCCGCCGCCAUCAUAGGAGAUGUCAUGGGGCCAACUCUGAACCAUCUCAGCAACCACCUGCGCCUGCCCUUUGGCUGCGGAGAGCAAAACAUGAUCCACUUUGCACCCAACGUCUUUGUCCUGAAGUAUCUCCAGAAAACCCGACAGCUCAGCCCUGAGGUGGAAAGGGAGACCACUGAUUACCUGGUGCAAGGCUACCAGAGACAGUUGACCUACAAGCACCAAGAUGGCUCGUAUAGUGCUUUCGGGGAGCGGGACAAGUCGGGGAGUAUGUGGCUCACAGCCUUUGUCCUGAAGUCCUUCGCCCAGGCGCGCAGCUUUAUCUUCAUUGACCCUCAGGAGCUGGCAGCCGCCAAGGGCUGGAUUGUCCAGCAGCAGCGGGCAGACGGCUCCUUCCCGGCGGUGGGCAGGAUUCUGAACAAGGACAUCCAGGGUGGGAUCCACGGCACAGUCCCUCUGACAGCCUACGUGGUGGCAGCGCUCCUGGAGAUGGGCCUGGCCUCGGAGGAGGAGAGGGGUGCCAUUGCCAAAGCCAGGCACUUCCUGGAGUCCAGCGCGCCCCUGGCUACGGACCCCUACAGCAGUGCCCUGACCGCCUACACGCUGACCCUGCUCCGCAGCCCUGCAGCCCCCGCCGCUCUGCGAAAGCUCCGCAGCCUGGCCAUCACCCAGGAUGGGGUGACCCACUGGAGCCUGACGGGUUCCCGGGAUGUGGACAAGGAUGCGUUCCUGAGCUUCAGUGACGGGGUCUAUCAGACAGUGGUCUCGGCCGAGGUGGAAAUGACAGCCUAUGCCCUGCUGACCUACACCCUCCUGGGAGAUGUGGCCACUGCCCUGCCUGUGGUGAAGUGGCUAUCCCAGCAGCGGAAUGCCCUCGGGGGCUUCUCCUCCACUCAGGACACCUGCGUGGCUCUGCAGGCCUUGGCAGAGUAUGCCAUCUUGUCUUACGCGGGCGGCAUCAACCUCACCGUCUCCCUGGCCUCCACCAACUUGGACUACCAGGAGACCUUCGAGCUGCACAGGGCCAACCAGAAGCUUCUACAGAUGGCAGCGAUCCCCAGCCUCCCCACGGGGCUGUUUGUGAGCGCCAAGGGCGAAGGCUGCUGCCUGAUGCAGAUCGAUGUUACCUACAACGUGCCAGACCCAGUGGCCAAGCCGUCCUUCCAGCUGCUUGUCAACCUCCAGGAGCCCGAGGCCGAGCGGCGGCCCCCUGCGCCUGCCUCCUCGGCUGACGAUGAUGACCCAGCAGCUGACCAGCAUCAGCAGGAGUACCCGGUGACACUGGAGGUGUGCGCCAGGUGGCUGCAUGCAGGCUCCUCCAACAUGGCGGUCCUGGAGGUGCCCCUGCUGUCAGGGUUCCGGGCGGACAUUGAGAGCCUGGAGCAGCUGCUCCUCGACAAGCACGUGGCACUGAAGAGGUACGAGGUGGCUGGUCGCAGAGUACUCUUCUACUUUGAUGAGAUCCCCAGCGAGUGUUUGACGUGCGUGAGGUUCCGGGCGCUCCGCCAGCACGUCGUGGGCAGGACGUCGGCGCUGCCCAUCUCUGUGUACGACUACUACGAGCCUGCCUUCGAGGCCACUCGCUUCUACAACGUCAGCUCGCGCAGUCCCCUCGCCCGGGAGCUGUGCGCUGGGCCUGCGUGCAACGAGGUGGAGCGUUCCUUGGCCCAGGGCCCCGGCUGGUCCCCUGGCGAGGCAGGUCCCGCUGCCAUCCCGGAGGAGGGGACGAAGAUCACGCGCUGCGGCUGCGCGCGCGACUGCACCACCAGCAGGGACCCGGUAUGUGGCUCCGACGGCGUCGUCUAUGCCAGCACCUGCCACCUCCAGGAGGCUGCCUGCCGCGAACGUGUGAGAUUGGAACCCGCGCCCCCUGGCCGCUGUGCCCUUGAGCAGCCGACACCAGCCUCUGCUUUGUACAGCUAUGACUAUGACCUGGGUCCCCUGGACGCGGGGCACGUGGCAGCCGGCCAUGAGGUGGUGGACUUGGACGGGGAAGCAGAGGACAGGAAGGAUGGAGGAAAUGGUCAGGAGACCAGAGAGCCCUGUGGGGUGAGGCUGGGAAGGGGCUGCUGGGCAGACUUCCUGGACGAGGCAAAUCUUUUGGGUUGAACAAACUCAACUCAAGAGGUUUAAACAACAGGUUGAUCUAUCAGCUCAGGUAAGUGCCAGGUCCUGGAGGCUGGCUGCACUGGCGGGCCUCAGAGCCCUGCCUUCCUGGGUGGCAAGGGUCUCUCCACCCCAUGCUGGUGGCAAAGGCUGGUUUACAUCCCCACUCAGCAAACCCAGUAGGAAAGUUUUUCCCAGCACCAACCAAAGUCCCAGAGAUUUAGGGGUGUGUCAUCUUGCACCAGGCACUGGGUUUAGUUCACAUGCAUAUAAUAUAAUUAUCGAUAGGGCUGGGUUUAGGGUUACUGUUGCACUAAUUUUGUUUUGCCCCCCUGUGUUUCUCCUUCCAUGCCCUCUUUUGAAUAUCUUUUAGAAUUGCAUUUUGAUUCAGUUAUUGUUGUUUUAGCAUUAUUUUUUUAGCGGUAACUCUGGGGAUAAGACUAUUCAUCUUUAAAUUUUUCACAGUCUACUUGGUGGGAGUAUUGUAACCACCUUCAGCAAAAUGUAGCAACUCUGAAGCCAUUUCUGUCCAUGUGUUGUCCCCUCCCAUCUCUCAUGCUAAUAAUUAUCAUAUGUAUAACUUUAAAGUCGCCCAAGUGUUGCCCACCCUGUCCAGUGUCUUCUGAGAGAGGUCUGCUUUUAUUUUCCUUUUGCAGGGGAAGAUUUUUAUUAAACUUCUAAAUUUGAGGUACCAUAGGUUCACAUGCAGUUGGAAGAAAUAACAGAGAGACCUUAGGUGCCCUUCAUCCAGUUCCCCCCAGUGGUAACAUCUCCCAGAACUCAAGUUACAGUGUAACACCAGGAAAUUGACAUCAAUGCAAUCUACCCGUCUUACUCCUAUUUCACCACUUUUACAUGCACUCAUUUGCAAUUGAGUCUGCAAUUUUCCCCCACGUGUAGAUUUGUGUAAUCAUGACCACAGUCAAGAUACAGGACAGCCCAUCACCUCAAGGAUCCCUUUAGCUGCAGGCUUAUAGCCACACCCACCUUGAUUUCCGGCCCCCCCCUUCAACCAUUCAUUUGUUCUCCUGCUCUAUACUUUUGCCAUUUCAGGGAUGCUUUGUAAACAGAAUUGUGGGGUAUGUAACCUUUUGAGAUUGGCUUUUUCUCACUCAACAGAGUUCCCUUGCUGUCCAUCCAUGGUGUUGUGUCAGUAGUUCCUCCCUUUUCAUAGCUGAUUGAGUUCCACAGAUACGUCUUCUAUUUGGUCAGUGGUCCCUUGCAUGCUGCGCUCAUUCUUACCAGAAGUGAAGGCCCCAUCCCAUCACUGUGGCCUGGUGGGGAUGGGCGGGGUCCUGAGGGGCCCUGCUGGACCAUGUCGCCCCAACCCCGGCUCCAGGUGGGGCGCUCAUGUCCCAGUGGACGGAGGCAGCCAGGCCGAGCCACUUGGAGGCGGGUUUAGGGAGUGGUCCGCAGUCCCGCCCCCGCCAGGCCUGGCAGCCCACAGGCAUUUUUCGGCUUCUCUCCCCAUCAGUCAGAGUGGCUUCUCUUCAUAAAGCUCCGAGCAGGAAGACGUGAUGUGGCUGUGAUUUCGCCCCACCGGAAGAGGGUCGCUGACAGGAGACUUGACUGUCUGGGGGCUGCUGGACCCUGCCCGGGUGACCCCUGCUUCCAAACGAACUCGAUAAACAGACCAUCAGAGAUGAUGGUGGGCCUCCUGGGGGCCCAGUCCCCACCUCAACAAGAAGGAUGGUCAGCGAGGUGGCUGGAGGUGCCCCCCUCCCCGCCAGCUGCAGCUGGAGCACAAGUCACCCUGCAGCUGGGUGGCCAGAGCAGCUCCCACAGCCUGACGUUCUGCUCCCCGGAGGAGGGACAUUUCUGGGAAGGACUCGUAGCCAAAGACCUGUUUCUGAGGGGGCACGACUCUGGCCAAAUCAAGGAUGUAGCGUCAGCAACUUAGAAACGAACCAGGCUGCUUUUCUGCAUAAUGACUGCCUGGACUGCUGAACCCCCGGACCCAAACCCCAAACUAUCCCAGAACUGUCACAGUCCCUGUACCCCUGCCUCAACCCAGGGGUCCCUGAAUGUUUAGCCUCGACAGCACCACCACUUUCUCUGCAGAGAAAGUCCUGGGCUCCAGACAGGUGCCCCUUCAUCUGCCCACUUCCUGACCUCGACCUGUGAACCCCUGAUCUUCCAAUGCCCCGCCUGGAAGAUUGUCCCGCUCCUAGC